AUGCAUCCUUUCUGCUGUGUAUCCGCUAUCUCCGAUCAGGCCUCGCCGGUGAAACCCUCGCCGUCUCCUUUUCCUGACUUCACUAUGCCUCCUCCUCCACCACCGCCAGCGGUGCUAGCAGUUAGAUCCGACUCGGUUCCGAGACAUAGCCAGAGCCAGAGUAUCGGUAGCCAGCGGGAGUCUCCGGCGGUGGUUCUCGAUGUGAAGAUUAAUGAUCUCGUCGGAAAUGGAAUCUCCGGGAUACUGUAUAAGUGGGUGAAUUACGGGAAAGGAUGGAGACCUCGAUGGUUUGUUCUUCAAGAUGGCGUUCUCUCCUACUAUAAAAUUCACGGUCCUGAUAAAAUCAUCGUUAACCAUGAAACUGAGAAAGGUUCGAAGGUUAUCGGUGAAGAAUCUAUUCGGAGGAUUAAUCGCAAUCGCAAUUCUCAUCCCUAUCAAAACCGUCGAAAGCCCUUUGGUGAAAUACAUCUCAAGGUUUCAACGAUUCGAGAGAGUAAAUCAGAUGAUAAGCGAUUUUCGGUCUUCACCGGAAUGAAGAGACUCCACUUGAGAGCAGAGUCACGUGAAGAUCGUGUGGCGUGGAUGGAAGCUUUGCAAGCUGUGAAGGAUAUGUUUCCUCGAAUUUCCAACAGUGAAUUGAUGGCUCCUGUCGACAACAUAACAAUUUCAACUGAGAAACUGAGAAACCGGCUUUUGGAAGAAGGAGUGGGUGAAGCAGCUAUUCAAGACAGUGAACAAAUUAUGAGAACUGAAUUUGCAGCUUUACAAAAUCAACUAGUCUUGCUUAAGCAGAAACACUCCAUCCUCAUUGACACCUUACGCCACUUAGAGACAGACAAGGUUGAUCUGGAGAAUACAGUAGUUGAUGAGAGCCAAAGACAGUGGAAUGAUCAAGAAAAUUCCAAUGGAUUAAUGCUAGAAAAAUUUAGUGAUGGAAGUGCAAGUGAAUCUGAGGAUGAUAAUGAAAGAAAUGAUGCUGCAGAGGAAGAAACAGAUGAAGAUGACAAUGUCUUUUUUGAUACCCGUGAUAUUCUGUCAUCAAGUUCUUUUAAAAGUAAUGGGUCUGAUUAUAGAGUAUCAUCUUUCUCUUCUGAUAAUGAUACCUUUGAAUCAGAGGAAGAUGUGGAUUCUUCAAAUAAAUAUAUUGGAACCAACCAUCCUCAUGUUAAGAGGCGAAAGAAAUUGCCAGACCCUGUAGAGAAAGAAAAAGGUGUCAGUCUUUGGUCAAUGAUCAAGGAUAAUAUAGGGAAAGAUCUAACAAAAGUUUGCCUGCCUGUUUACUUUAAUGAGCCUCUCUCCUCCCUGCAAAAGUGUUUUGAAGAAAUGGAGUAUUCGUAUCUGCUGGACCAAGCAUAUGAAUGGGGAAAAAGGGGUGAUAGACUCAUGAGAAUUCUCUAUGUCGCUGCUUUUGCUGUAUCUGCCUAUGCUUCAACAGAAGGAAGAAUUUGCAAACCAUUUAAUCCGUUACUUGGGGAAACAUAUGAAGCCAAUUAUCCAGAUAAAGGCCUACGUUUUUUCUCUGAGAAGGUCAGCCAUCACCCUAUGAUAGUUGCAUGUCACUGUGAGGGUACAGGUUGGAAAUUUUCGGGGGAUAGCAAUUUAAAAAGCAAAUUUUGGGGCCGAUCAAUUCAGCUUGACCCUGUUGGUAUUUUGACUUUGGAAUUUGAUGACGGGGAGGUUUUCCAGUGGAGCAAGGUUACGACAUCAAUAUACAAUCUCAUAUUGGGAAAGCUUUACUGUGAUCACUAUGGUACGAUGCGUAUAGAGGGAAAUCAAGAGUACUCUUGUAAGCUGAAGUUCAAGGAACAGUCUAUAAUUGAUCGAAAUCCCCAUCAGGUUCAUGGUAUAGUCCAAGAUAGGAACGGAAAAACAGUAUCAACCUUGUUUGGAAAAUGGGAUGAAAGCAUGCAUUAUGUUAAUGGAGACUAUACUGGGAAGGGGAAAGGUCAUGAAUCUUUGUCAGAGGCCCGUCUGCUCUGGAAACGAAGCAAGCCUCCUAUGUUUCCCACUAGAUAUAACUUCACUCGCUUUGCCAUCACAUUAAAUGAACUUACCCCUGGAUUGAAGGAAAAGUUGCCGCCUACAGAUUCCAGGUUAAGACCAGACCAACGGUAUUUAGAAAAUGGGGAGUAUGAGAUGGCAAAUUCAGAAAAGUUGCGGCUAGAGCAGCAACAACGGCAGGCCCGGAAGAUGCAAGAGAGUGGCUGGAAACCACGGUGGUUUGCUAAGGAUAAAGCAAGUGGGACAUACCGCUAUAUGGGAGGGUAUUGGGAGGCUCGAGAAAAAAGAAACUGGGACUCCUGUCCAGACAUCUUUGGCCAAAUUUCUCCUGAUCAUCUUUCCGAUGAAAUUCAAAUUACAUCUUAA